CUCUCUUCAGAGAAUAAAGAUAAUACUUGUGCCGAGUUAAACGCUCUCACACUCAGACGUCUCUCUCUGGUUUAUGCUGCGGAUCUCUGAUGUCGAGCAAUCACAUUGGUUGCAACGGGGAAGCAAUGGCAGCGCCGGUGCUGACCUCGACCUCUUCGUUCAAGGCUCGAACCAAGAAGCCCAACGCCACCGCCUCCGGUGUCUUGUCGCGAGCUGGCUCCGACGUCGAUGACAUCAUCACCUUCUUUCAUGGCUCCGAUCCAGUCCGCGUCGAGCUCAACCGCCUCGAGAACGAACUUCGAGAUAAAGAUCGGGAAUUGGGAGACGCACUUGCAGAAGUCAAGUCCUUGAAGAACUCGGAGCGCCUCAAAGAGAAGGCAGUCGAAGAGCUUACAGAUGAGCUGAAAAAAGUGGAUGAGAAGCUGAAAGCAACCGAAGCUCUUUUGGAGAGCAAGAACCUUGAGAUCAAGAAGAUAAAUGAUGAGAAAAAAUCUGCAUUGGCUGCACAAUUUGCUGCUGAAGCCACACUUCGAAGAGUGCAUGCUGCACAGAAGGAUGACGAAAUGCCUCCCAUUGAGGCCAUUAUAACUCCACUAGAGGCAGAGCUUAAGCUGGCGAGGCUGGAGGUAGCAAAGUUGCAAGAUGACAAUAGAGCGCUUGACCGGCUUACCAAAUCCAAAGAGGCUGCUCUUCUCGAGGCUGAGAGAACUGUUCAGCUUGCUAUGGCUAAAGCAUCUUUGGUUGAUGAUCUGCAAAACAAAAACCAGGAGCUAAUGAAGCAGAUUGAAAUAUGCCAGGAGGAGAACAAAAUCCUUGACAAAAUGCAUCGGCAGAAGGUUGCGGAGGUUGAAAAGCUAACCCAAACUGUUCGCGAGCUUGAGGAGGCUGUUUUGGCUGGUGGUGCUGCUGCUAAUGCUGUGCGUGAUUAUCAACGAAAAGUGCAAGAGAUGAAUGAGGAGAGAAAAACUUUGGAACGGGAGGUAGCUCGUGCAAAGGUUACUGCAAAUCGUGUUGCCACAGUGGUUGCAAAUGAAUGGAAAGAUGCGAAUGACAAAGUGAUGCCAGUUAAGCAAUGGCUUGAGGAAAGAAGAUUUUUCCAGGGAGAAAUGCAACAGCUCCGAGAUAAAUUGGCAGUAGCUGAGCGGACUGCAAAAGCAGAAGCGCAACUUAAAGAAAAAUACCAAGUGCGAUUUAAAGUUUUAGAGGAAAGGCUUAAAGCACCCAAUGGUAAUUCCCGCAUUGCUUCCGAAGGAAGAAGCACAAGCAAUGGGUCUUCAAGGCGUCAGUCUCUAGGUGGAGCCGAGAAUUUCUCUAGAUCAUCCUCCAAUGGGUUUUUAUCAAAGAGAACACCAAAUUCACAAUAUGGAACUCUCAGAUCUAGUAAUGCGAGCACAUCAUUAAAGCAUGUUAAGAUCUCAUCUAGAUCAUUUGAUGGUGGGAGUAGAUCCCUGGAUAGAGAUAAGUUGAUGCCAGUUGCAAGUGUGAAUGAUAAUGUGUCCACCAAUACCAGCGAUGAGACCCUAAUUAGUGAAACAAAUGGUACAUAUGAGGAGAAUGCAAAUGGGACUCCAAUUGAGAAAACCAACCCAGAACAUGAAGAUUACGUUUCUGGAAUACUGUAUGAUAUGUUACAGAAAGAGGUCAUAUCUCUGAGAAAAGCUUGCCAUGAGAAAGAUCAGACACUCAAGGACAAGGAUGAUGCAAUUGAGAUGUUGGCAAAGAAGGUUGAUACGUUGAACAAAGCAAUGGAAAUUGAGGCCAAAAAGAUGCGAAGAGAAGUAGCUGCCAUGGGAAAGGAAGUUUCUGCCAUGCGUGUCAGCAAGGAGCAUGAUAUGAGGGCUCGGCGCGUAAUUGCUCCCAGAGGAGCUGUAAAUAGUUCUCAUUUAACUUCUGCAAGAUCAUUUGGUUCAUAAAAAGUUUGGGUUUAAGGCAAUGCGGCAUGAGACUUCUCUAUGUAGGUACCAUGUGCUUGUCCCGCACUUGUCAGAUACCAACACUUCUCUGACCUGUGUCCUACACUUUUUAGCUUUAUUCUCAAUAGAAAAGAGUUAAAGAAAAUGAUAUUCCCUUACACUAGGCCAAAAUUUUCUAAUGAUAGUCUACGGACAUGUGAUUAUAUGUUUCUGUGAAGAGAUCCAUGGAGAUAAUGAUAUUAUAUCAAAUUUGGAUGUAGUUUUUGUUAGAACUAUGGGAACUGAUGGUUAGAUAGAGGAGCUUUUUAGGAGAGCUUUGUGAAGCACCAAGCAGACCAUAACACAUCAAAAGCGGUAGCACAAUACUUGAUAGGAGAAAUGAGGUAUCAAACAUAUCAUCAGGAUUUUCUCACAUGGUUGGGUACGCUACUCUCACUUUUAUGAGAGAAGACAAAAAUCGUAAAGAAUGAGCAUCAUCCAUAACAAUGUUUCCGUCACCACAAAUUGAGGAACUCUCGUCGUAUUACCGAGUUUCUGAGAUAAAGAUUCUUUGAUGCAUCUUGGGAACAGGAAAUGUGUCUUUUGGACAUUUAAAGCUAUGUCAUAUGAUGCUUUCAUAAUGUUAUUACAUUGAAACCGUGUUGCACGUCCAUGGCUGGUACUUUAAGGUUUGUGAUUUGGCACAGCGUUUGUCGAGGACAUUCUCUAUCUCACAAAUUGUUAAAAGCAAUUACGACAUAGGGAACUUCCAGCAUAAAAUUACAACCAUUUCUGUGACAAGUAUACUUUGCUUCAUAUUUCAGGAAUGCUGGAAACUCAUAGGCAACUGAAUCGAGUCCGUGACGAUAAAUUGACCAGAAAAGGACUCCUUUUAGUUCCUGAGCCCUGCAGUCUUAUUAUAUAUAUUGUAUGGUUUUGUCUUUAUUUUUUGUCCUCCUGCCACUCCCAUUUAUUUAAACUGUAUCAGCCGGGUGGCCAAGAUGUAGAGAACUGACAGUAGGUUUUCCAGGAAUUCAUCCUGUCCUGUAUAUGUGCUCUACUAAUGUUAUUCUGAAGCAAUAUGAUCAAAGGGUGCCGUGAAAUCCCGUAAAGGGGUUUGUCAGAUACACUUUUUACUCCCUCGGGGCAUUGUUCUUAUUGUACUUUGAAACUUUGUGUACGCCAAAUUGUAUAUUGGAAUGAAACUGUUUCGUUUGUAA